CCCAAAGUCGAGGAGGCCGAGCUCAGAGGCAGGGCGCCAGCAGCAGCAGCAGCAGCAGCAGCAGCAGCUGAAGGACAGGAGGAUUUUUUAAUUGUGAGUUUGUUGGUUUGUGUCCUCUGCAGGCUGGAAAUGUGGAGGUUUGCUUUGACAAAACUCGCAGAUUUUUACAAUUUUAUACUUUUGGGCUUAAUGAGGCUGUAACUGACAUUUUUAAUUGUUAAUCCGUCAAAGUGAGACGUUUUCUGAAAAAUUGAAUUGACUGAAUGCUGAAAUUAAAAGAAAAUGUUAGUUUAGCCAACAGACAUGAGAUUCCUUUUGACUCCUGUCGUGUUGCUGCUGGCUCUGCCUCUGAGUCUUUCCUCUGAGACUCUGUCCUCGGAGUCUUCACCAAUAACCAUCCAGUACCGGGUCUGGGAGGAGCAGCCCGCAGGAACCCAGGUCGGCUGUCUGCUGGACGACCUGCGGCGGAGCGAUGAAGGUGGUUCUCUGGAGGAGUUCCAGGUGCUGGAGCGGGGGAAAGCCCUUCCGUUCUCUGUCAGCACUCGGGACGGGGUGGUCUCCACCCAGGGCCGGCUGGACAGGGAGCAGCUGUGCCGGGGAUCAGACCUGUGUGAAGUGGCCUUCAGCGUCCUGUACAGGAAAAGCGGCGCUGUGAACUGCCUGCGGGUUCGUGUCGAGGUGAUGGACCUGAACGACCACAGUCCCAGCUUCCCCAGCGCUUUGCAAGAGGUGGAGAUUUCAGAAACCGCCAGCCUCGGAAUGCGAAUCCCUUUGGAGCGGGCGGUUGAUCCAGACGCCGGAACCAACGGACUCCAGGCUUACACCCUGUCCACCAGCCUACACUUUGUUCUAGAAGUGACGAACGCUCCAGCUGGGAUAAAACAGGCCGAGCUGGUGGUCAUCAAAGAGCUGGACAGAGAGCUUCAGGAUUCUUUUGACCUGACGAUGGUGGCGUGGGAUAAAGGAAACCCCGCAAAAUCCGGGACCACCUCAAUCCGUGUUUUAAUCCAGGACUCAAAUGACAACAGCCCCAAGUUUGAGGACAGUUAUCCCACUGUAACGAUACCUGAAGACACGGCUUUGGGGACAACCAUCAUCAAGCUUCGAGCAUCCGACCCAGACCUGGGUCCCAACGGAGAGGUGGACUUCCUGCUGAGUAAGCUUAAUUUGCCGGCAGUGCAAAAAUGCUUCUAUGUCGAUUCUCAAACUGGAGAUUUGAUUGUUCAGGCCCCUUUGGAUUACGAGGUCCAGUCGUCCUAUGAGGUCAUCAUUCAGGCCGUUGAUCACGGCCCCAACGCCAUUCCCGCUCACUGCAAGGUGCAGGUGGAGCUGAUGGAUGUGAACGACAAUGCACCAAGGAUUCACACGGCCUGGACUUCAGACGCCUCUGACGCUGCAACGGUGAUGGAAACGGCCCCGGUGGGGACUUUCGUCGCCAUGGUGACCGUUAACGAUGCAGACUCAAGAAAAAACGGAGAGGUUAGCCUAGCCAUUAAGGACGUUUCCGUUCCUUUCCGCCUGAUAAAGAUGUACGGAAACAUUUACAAGGUUGUUACUGAUGGCAGUCUGGACCGGGAGAAGGUGAUGCACUACAAUGUCACGCUCCUGGCUCAGGACCACGGAUCUCCACUGCUGGUUUCUGUUGAACAGCUGGGCGUUUCUGUUCUGGACGAUAACGACAAUGCCCCAGUGUUCUCCGCCAACAUUUAUAGGGCUACCCUCAAGGAGAACAGUGCUGCAGAGAACAGCAUCCUCCAGCUGAAGGCCCACGAUGAAGACCUCGGUCUCAACGGUAGAGUUUCGUACUACAUCGGAGGCCAAAAUGAAGAGAUUCGUCACACACACUUUACCAUCCAUCCAAGAUCUGGCGUCAUUCGUGUCCAGCAGCCCCUAGACUAUGAGGAACGGAGCAGCUACUCUUUUAUUGUGGGGGCUGUGGAUCACGGACACCCACCGCUGACAGGAACCACCACUGUGCAGAUCGACAUCGAGGAUGUGAACGAUAACCACCCUGUCAUCAAGGAGCCAGAACCAAGAAAGGGCGUGGCCUCUGUCAGCAUACCUGUCAACGCCCACAAGGGGGAGAUUGUGACAGAGGUUGGGAGCGAGGCUGAGGAAAACCCCCACGUUUUACCAAUAAAUCCCCCCAGCAGAGAGGGGGGAUUUGGGUUUCUGGCCUCAACAAUUAAAGCAGAAGAUCUGGACUCUGGACUCAAUGGACAGCUCCAGUUCUUCAUCACUGAGGGGAACCAAUUUGGCCUCUUCUGGUUGGACCAAGCCACAGGGCAGCUGUACGUCAACACGACCAAUGUUACUGAGCUCAUUGGGAGGAGCUUCAGGAUGGGCCUUACAGUGACAGACAUGGGCACGCCCACUUUGGACACUACAGUGACUCUGGAGGUGGCUUUCAUCAAUCUGAAGGACCACCUCAGAAACUCCUCACCAGGCAACAGAGGUCAGCUGAGCUUCACCAUGAUGAUCGCCAUCUGUCUGGGUUCCACGUGCCUGCUGCUCCUGUUAGCCAUCGCCUUGGUGACCACGUUCUGCCGGACAGACAAACGGGACAACCGGGCCUACAACUGCAGACAGGCGGAGUCCAGCUACACUCGACAUCCUCGGCGACCGCAGAAGAGCAUCAGAAAGUCGGACAUUCAGCUGAUCCCCGUGAUCAGAGGCCGCAAGGAGGAAGCUGCUGAGGAUGACGGCGAGGCCCAGCCGCUGACUCCACCCCCUCUGGCAGAAGACCAGCAACCUGAGGGUCAGUAUAGCUUCAUACCGUCAGCGGCGAGCGGGAACUUUUGUUCCCAGGGCCACCGAGACGAGGAUGCGUUUCACCAACACCCCCACCACGGCAAGAGCCUCUGGAAACCGGGAAACAUUGAGCUUGACGGGGUUUUUCCUCUGACCCCAGCCACGUCGUACGCCACCCUCCGCCAAGGCAGAAACCCUUCAUCAUCGUCAUCUUCAGGCUCACAUUCAAGCACUUUGAAGCGAUACAAACCUGAAGGAAAAGAGAAGGAGCACGCAGCCUCUCAGGCGACUCUGAGGAGGCCCAAGAUGUCGGCAGCUCAGGAUGCAGAGCGUCAGCGGAUGCUUCGUGACCUGGUUCGCCUCUCCAUGGUGUUUGGAGACUCUCUGGAGCUUUCCUCAGCCUCUCCAGAGGUGCAGCAGAUCUCCCAGCUCUUGUCCCUCCUCCGGCAGGGUCAGCUGCAGCCCAGACCCAACUUUCGUGGGAAUAAGUACUCCCAUCGCAGCGGCAGAUAUGGAGGUCAGGACGGCUCGGACUGGCAGAGCACCAAAGACAGCGGACAUGGCGAGAGCGAGGCUGGAGACGUGGACUGGGAACCGGGACGAGAGUCGCCCAUUGACCCACAAAUUGAGGAGGGGCUUCACAACCUGCUGAACAACCCUGACGGUGUCUUCUCGCAGGACAGCGACCCGUCCUGGAUGGCCCGACUCUCCGUCCCCCUGACAGCAGAUUACCAUGACAACGUGUUCGUUCCCGACCAACCUCCAUCCUCUGAGACCGACAAUCUUGCCCGGGGGGGCCUCAGCUCCUCCUCCUCCUUCUCCACCUUUGGAAAAACUCCAGAGAAGGACGGCCCACUGGGCGGAGCUCUUCUGUCAGAGGUCAGCACGCUGUUUGAGAUGCUGAUGACCCAGAAGGCCGACGCCCACCCGGGCCCCCGGCCCGACGUGCUGUACCGGCUGUCAGCGGCGUACCGCCGCUCCGUGGGCCUGGAUGCGGCGGCGGCAAGCGACAGGCGGGCAGACGGGGCGACGCAUUCACGUCCCCCCCACAAACCUGCUCCACACGACUGAGAGACGAGAGAUUUCUGCUGCAUUUGACCCGACAGGGGGGGCACACCUGAUGUAUCACACACCUGAGACUCUGUCAGCUGGUUCUAAAAAUUGACCUCUGACCUGCAGAGCGGCCUCCUUCACGCCCUGAAGAUGUUCAGGUGUUCAUCCUCAGGAGCAGAAGUUCAGCUUCUUUCAUCCAUUCGAUGAGAAACGUGAAGACGUUUGUUAUUCUGUAGAACUGCACUGUUCAGGACGACACUGGACCUUCAGAACAAAGCCAGACUCUGGCUCCUCCUCCUUUUCUCUCGUCCGUGUUUGACUCGUUUCUUUUGUCUUCUGUCAUUUUUAUUUUGGUUUAACAUCACGGUGAUUUAAACGCCGUCACAGAUCUCUGAAUCUCUUCAUCAAAGUCUUCGUUUGGCCCACAUUUCCUCAGGGUCGUUGUUCCACAUGUGUUCUGUGUUCCGAAGGCAGGAAAUGUGUUAAGUCCCUUAAAGUUCUGGUGGGUCAGAACUUCACAGCAGAACAUCUGCUGAAGGUUUGGGACGUCCAGAAUGAGCCGAAGGCUCGACGGCUCUGCAGCUUUGGUUCUUUGUGAAGGUAGAAAGUCACGUUGUUGAGAAAGCUUUUGUCCAUGUUCUGAUGUGAUGAGGGUUACCCAAAGGUCUUCAUGGUUGGGGUUGGUUUCCAUGGCAAUGGGACCUGGGGAUGGAGAAGAGGCUAAUCAAACAUGGAGGUUUGGGGGCAAACUCCCCAUCCUUCAGUUGCUUUCGUCGUUCUUGGACUUGUGUUCGGGGAAGACGAGUGUUUGGUGAUGAAAUUGGUUGCAGAGUUUGGAGUUUAUGCCAAAAAAGGGAGGAAAAACAGUGAAAAACUAAAGACCCAGCGCUUAAACUCACCACUAUUGACUCUCAUGAUAAGAAGGCAAUAUCAUAAAAACAGCCAGAAUUAGGGUCACGUGGUCAGUUUAAUCUACCAAGGAGACAAAGAUCUCUCAGGAAACUAAACGUCCAGAACCAGAACCAUGUUCUCUUUUAUAGGUCCACAGGAUGGACUACGCUCUAGAGGUUUUCCUGUCAGACAGAAACCGCUUCCACUUUUGGAGCAACUUUGACCAAAUGAAACGUGUCUUAAUCCUUUUGAAGGCAUGAAGUGGUGCCUUCUACUUUCAGAAUCCUUCAGAUCCGCUUUUUGGGGAGCUGCAAAAAUACGUCUGUGGUGGAAAACUCACUUCUUUUCAUUUCCACAGACCUGAAUCGUCCUGUUUCUGUUGGUUCAGCCGGUCUUGAUUGUGUAAAAAUACGUUUUUUCAAUGUCAAAGCUGUUUUUUUCUGCUUCAAGCAGCACUUUGUACAGUUACAAAAAAAACAACUUUUGAGUUAUUUUGUAGAAUUUUCAAUAAAAUCUUAAAAGUAAAAUAAAAAAUGAAUAAUCUCUGAACUGAUUAAAAGAAAAAAUAAAACAAAAAAGUGUUU